CCCAACAUCAACUCCCCCUUCUUCAACAUGUAUAACUGAAAAUAGAACAAUAGAACAGGGCACACAAACGCCCCUCCAAUGGCUUUUGUCUUCUCUCACUCUCUCUCCAUCAUUUUCUUCUGCUUCUCCUUUCUCGCAUCGCCGGAUAAGACGGCAGCAAAAAACUUCACCAUCAUAAACAACUGCCAGCGAACAAUCUGGCCCGCUAUCCUUUCCGGCGCCGGAAUCCCCCUUCUCUCCACCACCGGCUUCGAGCUCCCGUCCGGCCAAUGGCGAUCCAUCGAAGCCCCUCUGGGAUGGUCGGGCCGCCUCUGGGCCCGCACAAGUUGCGUUUUUUAUGACUCCAACACCGGCUUCUGCCUCACCGGGGACUGCGGAACAGGGGAGGUGGAAUGCAACGGCAGAGGAGCGGCACCUCCGGUGACUCUAGCAGAGUUCACCCUCGGCGACGAGAAAGAUUUCUACGACGUGAGUUUGGUGGACGGAUAUAAUCUUCCCCUGGUGAUUGAGGCGGGAGAGGGACAUUGUGCGGCGGCGGGAUGUGCGGCGGAUGUGAACGAAAGGUGUCCGCCGGAGUUAAUGGUGAGAGAGGCGGCGGCAUGUAGGAGCGCGUGUCAGGCGUUUGGUGGGGAGGAGUUUUGCUGCAGCGGGGAGUUUGCAUCGCCGGCGAAGUGUAAGCCAACGGCGUAUUCGGAGGUAUUUAAGGCGGCGUGUCCUGAUUCCUAUAGUUAUGCUUAUGACGACGCUAGUUCGAUUUUCACCUGCGCCGGCGCUGGCGGGUAUGCGGUUACUUUCUGCCCGGAGGGGAAUCCAAGGUGCUUUUAUAGCUAUUAUUUUAUGAUCUACUAUAAGCAAAUUGCUCGCUUGGUGAUUACUGUUAGGUUUUUGGGCAGUGAGAAAUCGGCGUCAACUGAUCCAUUGACUUCUCCGAGAAGUAUGGAACCCUGGUUGGCCAACCUCCUCACCGAUUCGGCGGCGGAGAAGAGUUGUCAUGUUUUCUCUCGUCUCCUUUCUCUUCUUCUUCCUCUGUUCUUCUCUCUUCUUCAUUUUUGCUUGUCUUGAAGGUCGGAUUCUAGGAAUGGCGCAUAAA